AUGGAGCGGUAUAAGUUGGCUAGGAAGCAGGCAAAGUUAGUAGUUACGGCAGCUAAGACUGCAACAUUUAGUCGUUUAUAUGAAAAGCUUGAGGGUAAAGGCUGGGAUAAGUUGAUUUUUAGGCAGAUUAGAGUUGAGGAAGUUGUGGGUGCUAUGCAUAAGAUGAGCAGGAGCAGAGCGACCGGGCCAGAUAAAUUCCUGGUGGAGUUUUGGAAGAGUGUGGGCAGAGCGGGCUUGGAGUGGCUUACUACGUUAUUUAAUGUCAUUUUUAUGAUGAAAAAGAUGCUCGAAGAGUGGAGAUGGGGUGCGAUGGUUCCUUUGUACAAGAAUAAGGGUGAUAUCAAAAAAUUGCAAUAA